AUGGAUUUUGCAAAAACACAUCUGAAUUCAGACGUCAUCCGUCAUGACAGUGACAGUGACAUAUCGACAAAACUGGCACUAACGCCGCCCAAAAAAUCGAGAUCUUUAAGUCUGGAGGCUAGACAUACCAAAACCAACGAAUCAUCGCGGCAAAUCAGAUCGACCUUAAAACCCUGCAUUUUUAUACCGAAAAUACCCGCCAAACCAUCCAAAUUCCCAUGGAUCUCAGUGAGAAAACCCCCCAAACAACAGCAAAACCCAGUCAAUUCAAUUGAACUCAUAACUCAAUCGGUAAAAGACUCAGUAAGCUUUAGCGGUCUCAUCGAUUUGCAGAGAACUUUGCAUAGAGUCAAGAGAAAAUUAAAAUGCCCUAGUCAGACGACGUUCAUUAGAGCCAAAUAUAAAAUAAAUUCUAGAAAAAUUGAAGAAUAUCGCAAACGAUUACAAAAGGACUACCGUAGAAAUGGCAUAAAGACCAAAAUGAAAACCAUAAACAAAGAUAAAGGGGAAUGUGAGCAGAAGGAUUCCAUAGAGGAUGAUAAAAUAGAGGAGGCUUUAAGAAAUAUGGGUUUGGAAAUUACCUCUUGCGAAGUAUUGGAAUUUGCAGAACGCAGAGUAGACUCUCAAGAUAACAUUUUGGAAUCUUUAAAAGCUGAAAAUAGGAUAGCGAGUGAAGAGAAGACCACAGGCCACAAUGUGAAUUCAAAAGUAAUAGAAAUAAUUGACUUGGCUGAUGCGGAUGCUGAAGAACAUAGAGACAAAGACUUGUUAGAGCAUAUAGAAACCACGGAACCAAUUAUUAGUUUGGAAGAUGACCCAGACGAAGAAGAAACGGAAGAUGAAAGUUUGAAUAUAUCCAUAGACGAGCCUAUAGGCUAUUUUACCCAGAAUACAAAUGAGGCUUCAGAAACAACUACUACAGAGACUAUUCUUUUAGAUGAUGAGGAUGACGAAGACUAUGUAGUAGCAAGUACAAAUACUAAAAACAAAGAAUGUCAAACCAAGCAUAGAUUAGAAAAACCUCUUACUGAAUUCAAAGUGACUCCUCAACUCACCCAAGAUGCAAUAAAAAAUUCUAGUUGUAGUCCAAGUCAUCAUCACCAGACUAAAGAAAACUCCUCUAUAACCUAUAUUGACUUAUGCAAAGAUUCUAGCUUGGAGGACCCUCAGAGGACUAGCUCAACUUCCUCACCAGUCCAUGAUUUCCAUGAAUCUCUACAUGCUGUAAGGGAAUUACAGCAUAUGCUCCAACCCUACAAUAGUGACCAAGAUAUUUGCUCAAACCUUCAUGGCAUACAAGAUUCCAUAAAUGACUUUGCAAAUUUUCUACAAAAGACCCACCAGAACAUAGAGCUGCUCGAGCGGGAACAAAGAAAAAUUCUUCGAAAAUAUGCUGCUUAUCAUACCUCUCACACAGAAGUUCCCUCAGAGAUUGUGGUAAAAAUUGAAGUGCCUGAAAUGCCUAGACAAAUUUUGAAAUUCCCAACAACAGAAAUUUUAAAAUGUAGCCUGGAAAAUAUGGAGAGAAAUCAAGAAGAUGAAGAAAAGAAAGAAAGUACAGCAAAAAAAAGUUCCUCACCACCAGUAAAAUCCUCUUAUUCAACUUAUUCAGUUACACCAAGUUCCGCAGAACAUGCCAUUACAACUCAAAGACAUGCAAAUUUCUUAUUAUCGCCUUCUAACAGACAUUAUGAGGCUGGUAGUGAAGCUUUCUCAACUUCUCAAGGAGAAGAAUCCUUCUUUUCAUCACCUGCUUACAGACUUUAUAAGGCUCGGAGUGAAUCAUCAAUACAUGAAUCUCAAAAUCCCACACACCAUUUCCAACAAAACAUUUCAUCACACCCUUGCAACUCCUUAAUAUCAAGAAAUCAACCACAAGAAGCUGCUACACCAAAUAUGCAAUCUCAUAACAGGCCCUCAACUUCUUCAGAUCGGCCUAUGCCAGCUGUCUCAAAUCCUGCCAGGAUUUCCUAUAGUUUAAAUAUAAACUCUACGCCAAUCAGAGAAAAUCAGCUUCAAAUUCCCAUACAAAAUGUCACAUAUCACGAUCCCAGAACCUUCCACCAACAAAUUUCUCAGGAUAAAGAUCGCCAGCAACAAAUUCAAAAUCAGGAUUUGCAAACAAAGAUAAGCCCGCACCCCAGUACAUCCCAAAACUCUUGGAAUCAACCAAAUCCUCGCCCAGAUCAUCUUGGUCCUUUAAGGGCCUCACCAAGAAAUCAUUCAAUUCAUAUCCACAAUUCACAAAUAGGUGCAUCACUAUCGUCGCGAGAAUCUUCUGAUGCAGGUGCUACAACAUCAAAUUCUGGCAAUCCACCAUAUUUUCCAGCAAAUGAUUCACAAAUAAGCUUGGCAGAAACUUUUUACACUUUUUCUACAGAUCCCAGAUGGGCCCAAUGCGCUCAAGAUCAGCACCCAGAAGCGUCCACUGGUACAAAUUCUGAACAAAAGCAAAGAAAUUCUGCAAGUCCCAAAACUACUUUAGAAGCCCAAGGCUAUUCUAUGCCAUCCACAUGUACCCCUCAGCAAAUCGAAGGUUCAAUACUCAGACUACCCUCAAAUAGUCAUCUCCAGAGUUCUCGUUCUUCAAAAUUGGCAAAAAUUGUACAAAAUUCGGAGCAUUAUUCGCUACAAACCGAAAGCGCUAACCCUAGAACGUGCUUAAGGACUCCAAGUAAAAGUUCUACACACUCAGGAUCGGUUACCUCUCAAGCUACAUCCAAUCGUCUAUCACCCACAUCUUUGCCUACCAACAACUAUCCCCCCGAAGAUGCUACUGAAGCCAAAAAGAGAAAAUUGGAACCUGAAAAAAGAAGUUAUGUCUAUGGUGGCAAACCCGAAUCAUUAGAGAGUGAAGCAAAUCGCUGCCGUUCCUCUGUUAUUCAAAGAUGCAGUAAUCAAAAAGAAUCAUCUCUGGAGAGCAAACACCAGGAGUUAGCAGGCUCAACAGCAUCUCAAAGACAGCAGCCUAGAAAACCUACUACAUCCUUACAUACACAUAAAGAAAAAAUCGUAAAGACUAAGAAAAUCUCAGCCAGCCGGCGAGAGCCUUGUAAUCCUUCGACUAAGAAAAAUAUGGCAAACACUUCUGCAACAGCUUCCCCAACUGAUCAUCAUGGUUGUAGGGAUUUAGGUAACCCUUUACCUACGAACAAAAUUAUCAAAAAUCCCCCAAAUGAUCAUCAUGUUGCUCUUAGGGACUUUAGAAAACCUGAAACAAGCUUCAAAGAGCAAUUACCAAAGAUAAGUUCUACUUUAACCAUUCCAUCAGCUAUAGCAGGAAAUUCUUCUCCUUCUUUUACACGGCCAUAUGCGAACAGCGAAGAGCCAUUAACGACUCCUAGACAUCCCCAUGUCACACCAUUAUCCACAAAGCAACCUGAGCCACCACAAAUGAUCCGCCAUUCAACAUCCUCCUUUAUACCUCAUGCACCUAUACCACCUAUAAGACCUCAUGCAAUACAUCCGCAUCCAUCCACACAUGCAGCAAAUCAUUCACCAGCCAAUCUUCCCAGACCCACUUUUGCACCAUACACCAUGCAUCAGCCUAGCUCGCAAAUGAGGGAGCAUGCCUGGAAUUUUCCUUCUGCCCCCUACCUUCAUCAUCAAGCCAUGGAUCAUCGCUCAAAUUGGUGUUUGAGGCCUAACUUUAUGACAAACAAUCAGCAAGCUAUUCAAAAUUCUUCCAUAGUCAGUAAUCCUUUGCUAACACCCCCACAAUCAAUGGAUCAACAAUCCUCAACUUUGUUUCGACCUCUGCCCUACCAUCCAUAUGCCACUUCUAAUGAUCAUCUAUCAGCUGGCAUACCCAUGACGCCACCCGCCGAUGAGGGAACUUUUCCCGUUUCUCCAAUGAAUACAGCAGGCUACAACCAAAAUAUUCCUAGACCUUAUUUCCUUAAAAAUAUGGAAUAUCAAACAUAUACGUUCCCUCCACCCAUGUCGGAUGUUUAUCAUCAUUGAGGCAAAAGAAGGGUCCCCACAUAUCGAAUGCCUUCUCAUGUUGAUUUACA